AUGGAGUACGGGCUGGUGCGGGUGUCUGAGGAUCCGUCACCGGACAGAACAGAUUCUGAUUCUGAUGUGAGGAUGGUGCUGUUGGGUAAGACUGGAUCAGGAAAGAGCUCAUCAGGAAACACCAUCCUUAAUGAAAAGACAUUUCGUGUGAACUCUACCUUUCAGCAUGUAACCAGUGAAAGUAUGAGAGUUUCCAGGCCUGUUAAUGGAAGAAUGGUUGGGGUGAUUGAUACUCCGGGAAUGUUCGUUGGAGUCACGCCUAAAGAUAUAAUGAAAGAACAUUUUAAAAAAGCAAUUGAUCUGGCGCAUCUUGGAGUUCAUGUGUUUCUGCUGGUGAUGAGGCUGGAUGUGAGAUUCACAGAGGUGGAUAUGAACACAGUGAAGUGGAUUGUGGAGAAAUUUGGAGAGGAGAUCCAAAAACACACCAUUGUGUUGUUCACUCAUGGAAACGUGUUACAGGAGAGAAGUAUAGAGCAACACUUAGAUUUAGUUCCAGAGCUGAAAAAGGUAGUGGGCAGUAUGGCUGGUUAUCAUGUGUUUGAGAAUGAAAAUGAGGAUGAUAAGACCCAGGUCACAGAGCUGCUGAAGAAGAUCAACCAUGUGAUGAAGAAUAAUGAUGGAAACAAGAUUUACACCAGAGAAAUGUACAGUGAGGUUCAGAGAAAGAAACAUGCUGGAGUAGCUGGAGCUUUAGGAGCAUUUGCAAUGAGAGCAUUAGAAUGGGCAUGGGGCGGGAAAUAG